AUGGGUGCCUUGAGCAAAUACAAGCUCACGCUCAGAAAUGCUCGAGGCCCUAGCGCCCGACAAGAUCCGAAGACUGAAACUCCGCCACCUGCGAAAACGGUGGAGAACGGCUCCGCAGAGAAGGGAAUCGAGCCCGAGAUCCCCGUCGCCCCGAAAACGACGGGGGAACCGUCUGUCAUUGCCAAGAAAACACCACGGAAGAAAAAAGUCGGAAAAGUGACGGCGGAGGCACCCGCAGCUGGCGCAGCGACAACAAGGGCGGCGACUCCAGUCGUGACCGCAUCGAAAUCACAGCCGAAGCCGCCGGCAAAGGCUCCGGAACCGAGAGAAAAGAGGUCUCGGACCGCGACCCAGCCCUUCCAGAGCUCCAUGAUCGACCAGAUUCAACAGGUUACGGCUGAAAGCACUCGCGGGAAGAAAAAGAAGAAGGAAUCGUCGAGCGACGCGGCUGCGGUAGUACUUUAUGACCCAGGCGAAUUUCUCGCCGUCCGCAGCGAAGGCGAUGGCUUUUUCAUCUGCAGAGCUCUGGAAAAAAUCACGCCAUCUUCUGGCAAUAUCAAAAUCGAAUGGCUCGAUAACGUGAAACAGUCAUCGAAGAACCACUACGCGCUCGACUACUGUGAUAUAAUCGAUCGAGAAACCAUCCUCACCAACCUCAAAUUGAAAAGAAUCGGACACUUGUUGUACUCGCUGCCCGAUGAAGAGAGGACUCGCACCAUGAAUAUUCUCGAUCGAGCCAUAAAAGUGCAGAAAGGAGAAUUGCCCCCUCCCGACCCCAAAGAUGUCACCGCAGAUGGCUUAGAUGUCUCGCUGGUCACGGAAGCCGAGGCAGGAACCGCCAAGAAAAUUCCCGCCGGGAAAGACGAAAAGCCAGGUCCGAAGGCCCAGAAGCGGGGGCGCAAAAACCAACGGAAGAAGUCCGCGAAGAGCAAGGACGACUCGCUUUCGGAGGACGGGGACGAUGAUUUCCUCGAAGUGCUGCCAGCCAAAGUUCCCAAAGUAAAAGAGCCGAAGCCUUUCCCUAAAGGCGUCAUCUACCUGAAAGGCGAUUUUUUAGCCGUCAGAAACGCGUCUGACGGUUACUACACCUGCAAGGUGGUGACAAAUAUACACCAAGACUCCAGAACUGCCCAUAUCCAGUGGAUGUACGAGGAUCCGGACUGUCCGAACACCUACGUACUAGAUUACCACGAUACUAUCCAGACGGAAAGCAUUUUAACCAAGCUCGCGGUUACGCGGAGGGAUCGAGGUCGAAUACAGCUCACGAACGCCGAGAAGAAACGAGCUGAGAAAGCUCUUGACGAGAGUCGGGAGAAAUCUAGGAGCGGAAUCGAGAACGGCAUUCCUCACUCGAAGUCGAACACGUCCACCAGGCGUAACGGCACCGAGCCCGAGAAAAUCAAGUCCGAAAGUCCCGCUGGAAUGCGGUUGACCAUUCGGAGGGUGAACGACGAUCAUUCGAGCUCGUUACUAGCCGCCGAUAUCCCUCAGAUGACCGAAGAUCCACUCUGGGACCAUAAUAAUCCCGAAGGCGGAGCGAUUUCCCCGACGAGUGACUCGACCGACCGUCUGUUCGCUUGCGUUUUCCAACGCGACCACGUCGGUCUGCGACGUCUCCUCUCGUCCGCGCAGGUCGUCUCCCCCUACAUGUACCAGAGCGUCCACGUCCACAAGCUCGCGCUCAGCUACGCCGUCGAAGCUCACGACGUUGCGUCAAUACGGAUCCUACUCGGACGGGACUGCGAUAUAAAAACUUGUAAGAAACAAACAAACCUCAUGUGGUGCCAAGGGGGUGAGAGAAAUAAGAAAGAGGGCAACGGAGCAUUACUGAGGGAUUAUGUGCUCGAUUCACCACUAUCCAAGGAAGCCGCCAUAUCUCAGGUCAGAGGUAUCGCACUGGAGAAGGGCGUCCGCAUCGACGUGCUGGAAGAACUCCUGGGGAAAGAUGCCGUUUCGGAGGCGAACGCGAUCAAAGCCCUCGAGAACGGAAACUACGACCUGGCCGUCUCCAUAGCCGCGGCUCUCCGACCAACCGAUAGCGAGAAAGGAAGUUCGCUAAUCAGAAGAAUCCUCGUGACGGGCGGACUCGAGGCCAACGAUCUCUUCACCGAAAUCAACUCGAAUCAAACCACUGUGUUCCAUUUGCUCAUGGCAAUGCCUAAUCUCGAUGUUCUCUCGAAUGUUCUCUACUCGAGUCGACGGGUCAAUAUGGAUCAGAGCAUCCGAGACCUGCUGACGAAACGAGAUCGUCUCGGCAGGACUCCCAUCCAUUACGCAGCGGCUGCCCGUACGACAUCAACUCUGGAGUGGCUCAUCGACCGCGGAGCGAACUUGUACCAAGUCGAUAACGACGGCCGCAACGUUUUGCACAUGAUCGCCGCCCAUGGUCGGGUGGAAUCACUGACUCUACUCAUAAAGUUGUCCGGGAUCGCGCACCUCGACGACUCGGACCGCUACGGACAGAGCCCACUACACAGAGCGAUUUUGUCGUGCCAGCCACGAAUGCUCGAGCGGCUGUUGGCCUUCGGAGCAGAUGCCAAUAAACCUCUUGGCUCCCACUCUGACAGGGUGACUCCGCUCAUGCUAGCAGCUCAGCGAGGAAACCACCUGCAGAUGCUCAUCAGCCUCCUCAAAUUCGUGGAUCGGGUCGAUGGACAGGACAAACGUGAACGGUCGGCCUUGAUACACGCCGCAAUGAACGGUCAUACGGCGGCAGCCUGUCUCCUCCUGCGACAUGGAGCGAAUCCUCAUCUGGCGGAUAACAGCGGCAACUGCGCCCUCCACCAUGCAGCCGCAUACGGCCAUCUGUUCGUGGUGAAACUCCUGGUCGAAAUCGCUAACCUAAGCCCUGCGCAGCUGAACGACGCCAAGAUGUGCUCCUUAGAGGUGGCGUUUCGUAAGGGACAUAUUGGCCUCGUGAAGUAUAUGCUCGGCUUAGGCUGUUUCGCACGCGGUUUCGACUGUGGAUUCGGCGAGACCCUGCUCACGUCGUGCAUCCUAAUGGGGGAUCUGCUCGAACCGACGCAGGUCGCGCGUUUCGAAGUACUUCUGAAGUCUUGUCCCCAGCUGGCGCUGAAGACCGACAGCCAGGGCAACAACCUCUUCCACCGGCUCGUCCACAUGGAGCAUCGCAUCAUGCUGCAACAACUGCAUAAAAACGACGACACGCUCGAGGAACAUCACGAGUGUUUGGCCGAUAUCGUUGACCUCGUGCUCGCGUUGCCCGUCGCCGAAAAAGCGCUCGCAGCGGGGAACAACGAGAAAGAAACGCCCGUUUCGACGGCUCUGUCGUACGGAUGUAUUUGGUUCGCGGCUCGCUACGGUCAAGCGUCGCUCUCAACCUUCAGGAGCGCGUUCAAGUCCGAGAACGCUCUCAAGAAACUCGCGAUGCAUUGCGCGUCGUACAGCACCACCGAUCUCAUGUGUCCCUUGGUCGACAACAAGACCGACGUCGAGUCGCUGAAGAAGAUCUCGCGGAGUCUCCUGCAGAAAGGCAUAAAUCUCCUCUCGGUCGCGUUACAGAGCGCCGAAGACGUACAAGUCCCGUGGAAGGUUGACAACGUCUGCUCGUUCAUUAAAUUUCUGUUUUCCGCGCUCGAACACGAGUCCUCAGGACCGAUUCUCCACGAAGCCGUUCGCUGUCGAUCGUCGAAAUUCCUCGAGACCAUCCUGGAGUCCGCCGGGAGCGGUCUCAACCGGGAGGCUCGUCUCAAGGACCUCACUGCCCUGCAGGAGGCCGCCGUGCGAGGUAACUCGGAUGCGGUUCUGCUUCUGCUCCAGAACGGCGCGAAGACCGAGCUUAUGAUGCCGCCGAGGUCGGCUGACGACGUAGCGACACCGUUCUUCCUCUUCUGUUGCCACCCCGAAAGUCCUUUCGGAGCCGAAGUCAUCCGGGCCAUGGUGGACAAGGGAACACCGGACUUGCUCGCUCUGCAUCCGGCGACUGGCGAUACGGCGUUGCACUACGUCGUGCAGAAGAAGAAUUGGUCGGUCGACGAUCGGAAGGCGACCGUGGAACUCCUUCUCGAGAAGGGGCUCUCGGCGUCCGCGCUGAAUCUUCGCCGGCAGAGCCCACUCCAUCUCGCGGCUCUGAACAACACAGGCUGCGACCCGAGCAUCGAGUUCAUUCUGAAAAAAGCGAACGCUUCGAUCGAGGCGGUCGAUGCCGACAACCGAUUGCCUCUCCACUAUUUGUUCCUGAGUCCGAGCGCCGAAGAUGAUCCGAUCGACGUCUGUAAGAUCCUCGUCGAAGGAUCGAUGGUCCCCCUCCUCAACACGACGGCGGAUCGGGCCGAUCUGCAGACGGUCCUGCACAACAUCGCGGCCGCGGGGGCCACCCUGUGCUGUCGUUACGUGCUUUCGCUCGGUGUCAGUACGGAAGUUCGGAAUAAACAAGGGAAUACCGCUGCCGCGUUGGCGACGCUGAACGAGAGGGCAGGCGUUCUCAUGUCAUUGAUCGAUAGGAGAUCGAUCGUUAAGGAAGAGAUCUGUAGAGCUCAACCGACCGAAACUAAUAUCCAAUCACAGCUGAUAUGGAGGUAUGUCUACCCGAAGCAGACCCUGCUGAUGCGACAAGCGUUGAUGCAAGCAGUUUUCGAAAUCGGGAAGAAAGAACUCGAUUGUGACGGGCAUACCGAAAUAUCCGACGCGAACGAAAGGUCACCGCCAUGCAACGGAAAGAGAGAGGAUGAAAGUUUCAUCAAUCGGAGCGCCUCGCUUCGGGGGGGAGAUCGCGCAGGAGGACGCCAUGCCGAGUCGCCCUGGACGUCCCUCAUUCCAGGACUUCUCAUCGACCAGCUCGAGACUGUGCAACUGCCGAUCACGGUGGCUGUCGAUGCUGCCAUUCGAGCUGAGAACUAUGAGAUAGCGCUGAAGCUGCUAACGAGGAUCAAGGACUUAUGGACCUUGAAGCUGAUACUCAGCAAGCAGACUUUGCUGCAUUUAGCGGCGCAGCAGAAAUACAGCGCUGGUCAGAUGAAGGUCGUUCAAGCUCUCCUUGAUAAGGAGGUCGUCCCUCAAGCUCUUGAUGAGCAUGGUUGCUGUGCGCUCACGUACGCGAAUAUCAAUUGGAAUCAUGUUUUGGCGAACUUCUUGCUCGACAAAAUGGGCGUGGAAUCGGCUGCUAGACAAGGCGUGGAUCUUUCUUUCCGCACGCCCUUGUCGGCUAUCUUCUGGAGACUGGAGAAAAAACCACUCCCCGAACCGAUGAUCGAUAUCGCUCGGCGACUGAUACGCGCCGGUGCCGAUAUAAAUGUCCUCAGUUGUUACCCCGUUCUCAAUCUGGAGUUCCCCGGCACCGUUUGUGUGUCCGAGAACGUGAUGCAUGUAACUCAUUCCGCUGCGGCGAGAAUUUCUCCACUGAUUAUGGCCGUCUGUAAAAAAAAUCACGCGACCGCGAGAUUCUUACUGAGGGAAGGAGGAGCGAAUCCCAACUUCGUCGAUGGCCAGCAGAGGAACGCUUUGAUGUACGCCAUCAAACUGAACGAUCUUAGCAUGGCGAAACUCCUUCUGAACUAUGACUAUGAUAUUCGAGAGGACAGAUUCAAUUCGGUCAUCAGUGGGUGCUUACCAAGUCCUGAGGCCACAUUGCGCGAGGACGAAGAAAUCAAGAAAUACGUCAAGACCUCCCCCGUCGAUCUCGGUCACCAGGAUAUCUACGGGUGGACCAUAAUCCACCAUGUCGUGGCUCCCCUCCCGGAGAUGACUUACGCUUCGACUCGAAUGCUCCGACUUCUGGCGACAAUCAAAGCCCCUUUGACUGUGCCGGAUCGGAACUCGAUCGUGCCUCUACACCUGAGCGCUGCUCGAGGUGUGGAAAGCUUGACGCUGGCGCUUCAGAAGCUCAUAUCCGACGGAAACCCAUGCCCCCGCAUCGCAUACCACGGACUCCCUCCAAUAGCCGAUGACCCGGUCAUGCGCAUCGUACCGCUGCGAGAUUUCAAUGCAGACUGCGAAGCGUACGAAGAACAACAAAGACGAAAGCGAAGUACCGACAACGGCCAUGGAGGAAGCGAUCGGGAGCGCGGUCUGGGAAGCAUUGUCGAUCCUUUCGGGCUCUCCGAACCACAGGAAUGGGAAAUCGUCUCCGACGUCAAGACCAAAACCACUUACGAUGUUCAUCUCACGAAGCUCGAUCGUCACUUUAUCUAUUCAUUCUCCAAACUUCAAUUGCUGACCACGCUCGACCGCGGCAGAUUCGUCGUUGUCGAGCGCUCAGGACGCGUCGGUGACGUCGGCACAGCCACUCGCACCAGUUGUUCUACGGAGUCCGAGGCCGUACAGGAGUUCUGUCGUCUGUUCCAAUUGCGCACUGGAGCCAAAUUUGAAGACAUGUCCACAUUGCGGCCUGCCCCCGACGUGUUCAGACCGGUCACCGUGAAUCGACCGAGUCCUGCUCGCGAACUCAAGAACAACGAGCCCGCCAGCGCUGUGAUUGAAGUUCUAUCCGAAACUCGGAGCAGUAAACUGCCAAAGCCAACACAGGAUCUCCUGAAGACCACGAUCGAGGGCUGUAGCAGAGUGCGAUCCGUGCCAGCCGAUGACUGCCUCCGCCAAGCUCUUUCGAUCCUCGAAGAGAUGCGACAACUUUCCGGUGAGAAGAAAGAGCUCGAGAAAAAUUCCCGAACGGAAGAACAGCAGCUGGCUGGACUGAUGCUUCGCUUGGCUGAAAGGAGUCAUCAAUUCCACGCGUUGCUCCCGCCCGGGGAGGAUACGGAGAACGAAGGGGGGCCGAUAGGCUUAGAACAGAUCGAACCUCUGUGGAGUGAGGCCCAGAUUGACGCGCAGCUAAAUCGAGUGACGCAGUACCUGGACGUCCAGUUCUCGCGAAAAAUUCUGAGAGGAGCUCUCUAUGCCGCGGACGAAAUAAAUCCGCUGGAUUACGUGUAUCGAUCCUCGCAAUGUAAAAUGCAGAUAGUGCCGUUAGGCUGCCUCGAUAUGCAGACGGUUUUGCAAUACAUCCACAACUCAAGUGAGUUUGCUAGGCGACUAUCCGGGGGGGGGAAGCUUCUCGGAGCUCACGACCAGCAAGAUAACUGUGGCUUCCCCCAAUCAGGUCGCCACGAGCAGAUCAUAAGGAAUAUCUACCGUUUGUCGAGGGAAUCCGAAGAGGUCAUCAUGGCCGACGGCGACGUAGGCAACCAUUGGCUACUUUGGCAUCCGGUUGAAAAUGCCAGUUUGCUCUCUGUCCUCUGCCGAGGUGUUCAGGCCACUCACCUGGGAGUUGGAUGGCCAACCCAGAUGAAGGGGAUAAAGUUCUACGAUCGAUUCGAGCACGACACCCAAAGUAAAAAAGAGUCGGAUGCCGGGACGAAUUUCGAGCUACUCUGCCAGGUAGCUCUGGGGGAUCAGAACGGCAAACCAGGAAAAGCAAACGGCGGGAACAGCGUAGCGCUCAAAGGUCGCUGGGGUCCCGAUGCCGCCGAUCAUGUUUCUUGGCAAAGCUGUCUCCUACCGUUAGGACCUACGGUUUUCAACGGCAAUUCCGAUGCUCAAGAACGUGCUUUUAACGAAUACGUCGUUUAUAAACCUCAGCAAGUUUGCAUUCGAUACCUUGUAGAAUACGAGAAAACUUGGAAAUUACGAACGACUACCGACUAG